AUGGGAAACAAAAUGGCAAUGCCCCAACAGAAACGUGAGAAGCCAACUCACGCGGCGAUGAAAGUUGCGAUGAAAAGUGGUCGUCGUGGAAUCGAGAACGCCAACAAACUGCCGACUGUUGCCCCGAAAAGGCAGUGUCUCGUUCGGCUUCUGAAGAUGAAUCGCAUUCACGACUAUCUUCAGUUGGAGAAAGAGUACAUUGCCCGUCAAAACAGUCGUACCGGACGACCACUUGCUCAACAGAAACGUCGUGAGCAACAACUUGUGCAAAGUCUUCGUGGAACUCCAACAACUCUUGCUCGUAUCCAUGAACUGUUUGAUGAUGAGAAGCACGCUGUCGUAGUUGUGGAAGGAUCGAAGAGAGAAUGGUACGUACCGAUUCUUUCGAUCGUCGACAAGGAUCUUCUCCGUCUGAAUGCAUUGGUUAUGGUGAAAGCUGGAGGAAUGUUCAAAACAGUUCCAACGGCUAUCGUUGGAGUUUUCGACGAUAAAAUCGACAGCAAUGCCAGUGGACAUAAAGUGGAAAAGUGUCCGAAAGAGUCAUUCGAUGAUAUUGGAGGGUGUGAAAGUCAGAUUCAAGAGCUCAAAGAAUCCGUGGAACUGCCGUUGACUCAUCCAGAAUACUAUGAAGAAAUGGGAAUAACUGCUCCGAAAGGAGUCAUUCUUUAUGGAGAACCUGGAACUGGAAAGACUUUAUUAGCCAAGGCAGUUGCCAACUCAACAUCUGCUACUUUCAUUCGUGCGACUGGAUCUGAUUUGGUACAGAAAAAUAGUGGAGAAGGAGCUCGAUUGGUUCGACAAAUCUUCCAAAUGGCUAAAGAUCAAGCUCCUUCGAUUGUCUUCAUUGAUGAAAUUGAUGCAGUUGGAACGAAACGAUUCGACACUUCUUCUCGUGGAGAGCAGGAAGUUCAACGAACUCUUCUUGAACUUUUGAAUCAAUUGGAUGGAUUUGAGAGUCGUGGAGAUGUCAAGGUUAUUAUGGCCACUAAUAGAAUUGACUCGUUGGACCCCGCCCUUAUCCGUCCAGGACGUAUCGACAGAAAGAUUGAGUUGCCAAGACCAGAUGAGAAGACGAGACAGAAGAUUUUCGGAAUCCAUACCAGUGGAAUGACCCUCCAAAAAGCAGUAACCUAUGACUCUGUCCUUGGAAAAGAGAAAAGUAUCAGUGGAGCUGAAAUCAAGGCAGUUUGUACAGAAGCUGGUAUGAUGGCUCUCCGUUCCCAACGCAAAUGUGUCAGUACUGAUGACUUUGAGAAGGCUCUCAAAUCGGUGAUGUUGAACAAAAAGGCUGGAGCUCCAGAAUGUUUCUUCUCGUGA